UGGCGCGGCUGCUUCACUGCGGGUUUAUGCACCUGUAGAGUCAAACCCAAAGUAGUGGCACUUCAGUGCGGUUAAAGGUUGCUGGCUCCAUGUUUCGGCCUAGAUGUUGCUCCGUGGAUCCGUGCACAUGGCCGGUGGAGGGGCAUUGGCAAGCCCGAAGCGUUCAUUGUCACCCCGAAUGGAGCAAAUCCAUAAAGCUAGAAAUGGGGCUCAGACGUUGCCUUCGUUGAAACUGUCAAACGGAUACAUUUUACCCGAAGGUAAACUGACGCCCAACACGCUCUUCGUCGGUGGGAUCGACAUGAAGGUGGAUGAAAAUGAGAUCAAAGAAUUCUUCGCAAGAUACGGCACUGUCAAGGAGGUGAAGAUCAUCACCUACCGUGGUGGCAUAUGCAAGGGGUACGGCUUUGUGUCCUUCAGUGAAGAUGUGGACAUCCAGACCAUUGUUGAACAACAGAUCAAUUUUAAAGGGAGGAAACUCAAGUUGGGCCCUGCGAUCAUGAAGGAGCGAAGCUCGCGCUCAAUGCAGUCCCACCUGGUAGGACCCUCCCCAUGGAUGACCCCAUCCUCUUAUGUAUACUGCAGCUGCGGUAUGCCUGUAGGCAGCAAUCCGCCACAGCCCCCAACUGUGCUAAACGGAGGUGGUCCGUACGUCCAGCCGUAUUCGUAUUCAAGUCUCCCAGGAGUGAUGAUUCCACCGAUGCCCUUGAGCUACUCUCAAACCGCAUAUGCAUAUCAGUACGCCUCUCCACACUGGUCUGGAGAGCAGAUGACACGGCUCGUCAAUCAGAACUGUGUGGAUUGUGGAGUCCAAACGCUGCUGACACUCCUGUAGCGGAGCCCUUCCACUUCUGAGUGAAGUAUCACCCCAAGAAUGGCGCUUGGCAUCGCUUCUGCGGGACCCAGGAGUGACUCAUCAGGCUGUUAGUCCGAUGGAACCAUUUUUAAGAACUUCAUGUGGAACUUGGAGGGUGGAAGCCCUUUCCCAAAGUUGGUUUUCCCGUCUCCCACUUAAGAUUUAUCGUGUGCUAAUUCCCCCCUUUCUGUCCCCUCUUGACUUUUAAAACCACCUUUUUUGUGAUUGAAUUUCUUCGUCUUAACUCCUCCUCCUUAAGUGCUCUCUGGUGUUUAUAUACAUGUAUGUAAAUAAGAUCCUUAUUGAUGUGAUGAAGCCACAUUGCAGAAUUGAUUCUCGAGCUAAAAUUUGACGCCUGUUCCCGAGCAUCUGAGCAAAGGCUGUCGGCGGUUCGUCCCCCUGCUGGAUUAACUGACAUAAUGAAUGUGCUACUUCAUCCGAGUCGUUCGCUCUUUGCCACGUUUGAACUUGGAUAUAUAAGCAACUAAAGGUUUUUCCACUGGUCUGACCAUCACUGACCCUCAUUUUGUCGCUCUUUGGAGCCGUAUUUUACAGCACUGAUCACGCGAGUGUUUCUUGUUCUCUCCACGCUUAUUGCUUGCUGUUUCUCAGAUACAGAUUGAGCUCUUGUAUCCAAAAUAAGUAAUUGUAUCCAUUCAGGGCACCUUCCAUUGCCAUGGGGUCUUGCUACAGCGGUUUCUCGCAAGUGAACAAAGCAGACACUCUGUUAGUUUUUGACUCUGGCUAGUCACCUUAUUUAUUUUUUUUUUAUUUUCCUCUCACGUUUGACACUUUGAAGGUUCAUUCUGUUUGCACUUAAAUGUUUGUUCAAGUUCCGUUAGUGUUUUGCUGUGUUUUUUUUUGAUGUGAAAUCAUUUUCGUGGGGGUGACGUCGUGCACUCGUUGGCCGGGCUGUUCACACGUGUCUGUGGCACCGGUGCUAAUCUCUGGGUAACGGUUGCAGUAUUAAGAAGCAGAAAUUGUGUGUGUGACCAGUUUGUCGUCGACGUGAAUGCCCGUUUGGGGGGGGGGGGGGGUGUCUCAUCGCGAGAGUUUGGGCUCGGCGUCUGCAGCCUCCCAGUCAGCUCUGUGUUCCAUGUUGUGGAUUUUGACCAAAAGUGGAGGGAAGAAUGAUUGAUUUGAUUGAAAUAGAAUUUUCCCUGCAUCUGCAUUUGGAGUUAAGUAGUGACCGUUGAGGGCACUGUCUCUCGUGUUUACGUUGCUGUGAUUUGUUCUUUUCACGGAAAAAAUAAAAAAUAAAGGUUGGGUUUUCUUUUUAAGAAGAUGUGCAAUAAAGUUGAGUUAGAAUUUUGAAGAAAUUGUUUUUUUUUUUUUUUUUUUUUCCCAACCCCCCCUGGGGGGUUUACUAAUGGAAUGUGGUCAGUCUGUAGUCUGGCAUUGUAAUUGAAUAAGAAGCACAAUUAAAACAGCUUUAAUACCUG